UGAGCUUCUACCGAUACCCAUCUGCUCAACUCAAAGUUCCUAAGAUUCGUUAUCUUCUUUCUUCCCUCCAUAUUUUCAAAGAGAGGUCUUUUACCAUCUCUGUUGAUAGCUGUAUGUGUACACCAUCUCUCCCAAGAUUCCAGACAAAUCUUCGUCUUACAAGGCUGGUUCUGCUCCAUCUGAGCAACGCAAAAUAUGAGUACCUUCAUCUUAAGUUUUGGAAGGGCUUGAACUCGUCUCCGUUUUGGGGUUCUUUUCUCUUACCUUGGGUUUUUCUUUAACUUCUGGGGUUCAGAUAUCCCAAUUAACUUCUCUGUCCUUUCCGGACUCAACCAUGAUAGGAGUUUUGACAAGUCGGCUUACAGUUCGCAUCAUAUCGGAGGGUUCUCAUAGCCAACAAAAGCCAACCACUCGGGAAAAUGUAACAUAUAGGCCACCUUGGCAUUGUAGCUUAGAUUUCAAUCUAUUUGACGGAAGACCCGACCGAAAAUACAUGGCAAUACAUGAAGUUAACAUGGUAUCCAUGGAUAAGUGUUUCAGUGGUUUGAGUGUACUGAGAAUGCCAGGAACAAAGUGGCUAGUCGGUUCUAGAGGAGGAAAGGAUAAACCAUUUCUUGUUGCUAGUUUACCAUUUAGCGUAGGUUGUGAAGGGGAGGAAGCCAAAAUAUCAUGUCAAAAAAGAGAAGAGGAAUGCAAUAAUAAUUCCUAUGAACAGUUGCCACCAUGGGGAAAUUCAACAGUUCAUGAUGACUCUGGUGUUGCACAUAGUGGAGGUAGACCGACUUCCAUCGAAUCAAAGGUGAUGGUUAGUCCAUUUCAACCCAAGCUGCAUUUUUUAGAGGAAAUGGAUGAAGAAGUCUUGUCAAAAAGGAUCCUGAGCCUUAGCAGGUCUAACAAGUUCAGGAGUGCAUUGGAGUUGUAUAUGUCAAUGGAGGCUUCUGGUCUUCGACCCAAUCUACAUGCCUGUAACUCUCUCCUAUCUUGUCUUUUGAGGAACAAGAUGCCUGAUGAUGCGUUGAAAAUCUUUGAGAUUAUGAAGGAGAAGGAGAUGGCCACAGGUCAUACAUAUAGCUUAAUCCUCAAGGCAAUUGCAAGUACUCAGGGUUGUGAAUCAGCUCUUAAAAUGUUCGUGGAAUUGGAAGGGAAUGGUACACUGGAGAAAGGUUUUGAUGCAAUUGUUUACAAUACUAUAAUUUCAAUUUGUGGAAAAACAAACAACUGGAUUCAAACAGAGAGAAUGUGGAGAAAGCUGAAGGAAAAUGGUCAUCCUGAAACAAUUGUUACUUAUCGUUUAUUAGUUUGCAUCUUUGUUCGCUGUGGUCAGAUAGAACUUGCACUUGAUGCUUACCAUGAAAUGGUCCAAAAUGGAUUUAAUCCAGGUCAGGAUAUGAUGCAGGCUGUAAUUGCUGCCUGCACAAAGGAGGGUAAAUGGAGUUUGGCACUUAGAAUCUUCCAGAAUAUGAGGGACAGUGGUUUCAACCCAAAUGUUUCAACCUACAAUACAUUGAUCAAUUCUUUAGGGAAGGCUGGAGAAGUAAAACUAGCAUUCAGGGUUUAUGAUCUCAUGAGAUCUUCAGGUCAUGCACCUGAUGUUUACACAUGGAAUGCCUUGAUUGGUGCACUGAACCGGGGAAAUAGAUAUGCUGAUGCUUUACAAUUGUUUGAGAGCAUUAAAGGAGAGUGGAAUUCUCAGUUAAAUCUUCAUCUAUAUAAUACAGCUCUAAUGUCUUGCCAAAGACUUGGUUACUGGGAUCGAUCCUUGCAGCUUCUGUGGCAGAUGGAAGUUAGGGGAUUGCCGGUAUCAACUGCAUCAUACAACCUUGUUAUUGGUGCCUGUGAAGCUGCAAGAAAGCCAAAAGUUGCCUUGCAAGUCUAUGAACACAUGCUCCACCAAAAGUGCAGUCCAGACACAUUCACUUAUUUGUCAUUAACAAGAGCUUGCAUAUGGGGAUCUCUCUGGGCUGAAGUGGUGGAAAUCCUAGAUUGUGUUGGUCCAAAUGUAUCUCUGUACAAUGCAGUGAUCCAAGGCAUGUGUCUACGAGGCAAGAUCAUGUCUGCUAAGAAGUUGUAUAUGAAAAUGCUUGAUAAUGGACUUAAACCUGAUGGUAAAACACGAGCUUUGAUGCUACAAAGCUUCACAAAAGAUCUGGGUAGACAAAAUAAGAGGUACAUUUCUUGUUCCCAUCACUGAAGUGAAGGGAACAAAGGAAGAUAUCUAUAGUUAAACUUGGAAUCAAGAAAAUUACCAAAAAGAAAAAAAAAAUGGUGCAGCUUCAACAGAGUUACUUUACACUGAAUUUUCUGUCCUUAUUUCUUUGUAAAAGUCAGUAGUCCAAUUAAAGGUUGUAUAGAUGCUCAGAUAUAAAACAUAGUGGUUUUCUUGUUUA